CAAAACACAUCAGUUUCAGUUGAUGAGGAAAUCCAAAUAGGGUACGUUUACCUCCCAUAUGACAAUGAUGUCCUGGAUGACACUCUUCCAGUGGAGACUGCUGUAGUACAACCUCCAUCAAUAGGACUUUAUCAUGAAAAUAAGGUUGUUAAACUAAGACUUCGAAGAGGAAACAUAUUUUAUGAACUGAAUGCUGCAUUUAAAGAUGGACAGAUAACAGUUGAUGACAUGCUGCUGGAGAUUGAGAUGGUCCUUCCAAAUGGCAAUGCUGAAAAGGGAGAGGACAAUGGUGGGGUCUUACGUGAUGCCUUGAGUGAGUACUGGGAAACAUUUAUACUAAAAUGCACAACUGGGAAUGUGCUGAAAGUUCCAAUGACCAGGCAUGAUAUGAAAGACGAGUGGGAGAAUGUGGCCAAAGUGAUGGUGUUAGGCUACAACAUGGCAAAGUACUUUCCUGUGGCCUUGGCUAAGCCCUUUCUUUCUCACUGCCUUCACCAGGAAAUCAAGGAUGAUGAACUGCUUGCUGCAUUCCUGGAAACAAUUCCAAGUGAAGAUAAGGAGAUUGCAGAGCAGGCAAUAAGAGAUUUUAAAUCCAUUUUUGGAAAAGAGGAAUGGUUUGAAUUCCUUGAGGCACAUGACAUUAAAAGACAUGUCACGGAGGACAAUUUGAGGAGAACUCUGCUUGAAGUUGCACACAAAGAAAUGGUGCAAGACCCAGCCUAUGUAGCAGAGUGUUGGAGCAAUAUUCUGCAGGGACUCCAUCUUCCUCCAGGAGGACUAGAUGAAGUGAUGUCUAGUCUCACUCCCACAACCAGGAAGGUUGUAGCAAUGUUGCAACAUGAAGCUCUCAACAAACGAGAGUGUCAGAUUCUGGAUUUCCUUAAAAAAUUUAUCAGGACCUGUAGUGAUAUACGCCUGAGAAAAUUUCUCCGGUUUUGCACAGGUGCUGAUCUACUUGUAUCACAGUCCAUCCAUGUGCGCUUCACUGAGCCAAAGAGCACCUUUACCAGAAGCCCCCAGUCACACACAUGUGGUUGUGUGUUAGAAGUGCCAAACAACUACGGAUCAUACCUUGAGCUUGCUGAAGAUUUUACAAGUGUACUUGAUGCCAACAUGUGGGUAAUGGACAUUAUUUAGAGGUUUUAGGACUCCAAACAUAAUGUUGACAGGGACAUCCCAAUUUUUAGAUUAAUAAAUACUAUUGGACUAGUUUAAACAUUGGUAUGUUAGUGGUGUUUCACAGUAUUUGAUUUCUUAUCUAAGUGAAAUAAGGUUUACAAAUAGUGUUUUUCUUUACUGAAUAAUUACAUUUGGGGAAUUUCAUUUGCACAUCGAUAUCUAGAUAUAAUGUUUGAUACAAUGUUUGAUUUGAUGGAGGGUCUUUUAAAUUUAAAUUGAUAUAGGGCAAAAUAAAUUUGACCGAACUG